GUCAGCUGUUCAGCCGGCCCGUUUUUCAACGAAUGUUUUCAUAACGCGUUUUUCAUUCAAAUUCAAUUGAAUUGAAUUAAUUUACAACCAAAUAUCGCUUCGAAACAUGUGGGCAAGAACAAACUGCCUCUGGCGCAGUGUGGGCCGCCUGGGUCGUCUGGGCCGCCAAGUAUGCACGACGAGCGUUUCACAAGCGCGAAUUUUCGCGGACCGAGAGAAUCAGUUCGCCCAUGGAAUCCUUAUGGAUUCUCUCAAACCGUAUGCAAUACUGCGUCCUCGGGACUCCGCCUGGCAGGAGUUGCCCGCCUCUGAAGGCUUCAUGCGACCACAGCCAGACGUCAGUGCUGCCGAUCUCUAUGCGGACUUUUUGGGCCUGGUGAGGCACUGUAACCGCAUGAAACUACAGAUCAGCGAUAACCUAUACGAAGCAUUCACCCGUUGCUUCUGUGAGCAACUGCAUCGCCUUACGGAUGAACAGCUCCUUGGUUCGCUUAGUGCCUUGGCCGAGCUGCCCGUACCGGAAUCACCCAAAGCCAAGAACUACAUGGAGAUAUGGAAUACCCUGGACAUCGAGUGCUGUCGCCGCAUCGAGCGUUGGUCCAGUGAACAAUUGCUACUCGUGAGCGAUGCCUGGUAUCGUCUUGGUCUGGUCAGGAUCGGCGAGUACGUGUGGCUGGCGCUGAAGAAGCUGGGCCGCAAGCUGAGAAAGCUGCCGCCUGAGCAGCUCGUUCACUCCAUGUUCCUGUGCAAUCUGCUGCGCCGACCCGUCUUCGAGAUGUUCGAUUUCGAGUUGAAUCUUGCCCGCUGCGUGGAUCAAAUGACGCUGCCCGAACUGGGCGUAAUGGCCAUGGGCUUCUUUAAGACACAGACGCCCAUCAGAAAUCCGGAGCUGUUGACGCAACUGUAUCAGCGAUUAGACAGCGAGCUGGACACCGUGGAAGACAUUGUCCUGGUAGCGCUGCUCAAGGUGCUGCGGUACAGCAGCAAGCUGCCACAAGUGGAGCCGCUAAAGCAGAUGCUAAGCGCUCUGGAGUCGCAAGUGGAUCGCGUUUCCCUGCUCACGUGCCUCCACAUGGCUCUUCUGGGCUGCGAACUGCAAACGUGCAAUGAUGCACUGGUGGAGCGCAUACUGCUGAGAUUCGAGCGUGAGUUAGAGACUGCCCGCCUAAAGGAUAUGGAGCGCAUUUGUCUGGUAAUGGCCCUUUUCAAUAUUUCUACUAAGUCGGGUGUGGAACGCCGGUUGGCAGAAAGACUGCCCGAUUUACUGCGCCAGCGAAUGGAGGAGAUACUGCGCCAUCCUCGCUGUUUCUCCAACUGCCUUCAGUUUCUCACAAUGCGUGGUGUUUACGAUCUUGAGCUUUUGGGCGUGGCGCUGGAGCCGCGUUUCCUGAAGCAUGCGUACCCAAGCGGAUUGCCCGGCCGUGAGUACUUCCAUUUGGACGGGUUCGCACGCCUCCUGGGGCAGGAAUACCAGGGAGCACUGGUUACCGAGAAGCAACGCCUGCAGAUGGGCCGCAUGUACACGCAGUACAUCCCCGAUCGGGACGGGCGCUUCAAGCUGAACAGUACCGAUCGCAUUCUAGUGGAAAUACGGGAUGCGAUCGCCAUGAUCCACCGUCCCGUGACCUUCAAGCACAUCCUGCCGCAAUACGAUCGAUGCGAUGUAGUGUUCUGCUACGACCGCCGGCAACGGAAGGCGGUGUCCAUAAGUGGUGAGGCCUGUCAGGAUUACAGCGGUGAGAUUCUCACCCGGAGGCACUUACUGGGUGAGAGGAGGGCUGCGGAUGACCAGCUGGUCACCGUGAUUAUCGUUAUUGCCGGCUGGAACAACGUAAUCCGCGAUAAGGAGCGGUUCACCGGCCAAAUGGAUAUGAAGCUAAGGCAACUGCGGCAAUUGGGACAUCAGCCACUGGUGAUCUAUUGGCACGAGUGGCGGGAACUGGAGAACUCAACUGACCGCCAGGACUUUCUGAGACGCCGCCUUAGCCAAAUGGCAAAAAUUUAGCAGGAAAUAAAAACGGCAAUAGAAUU